AUGGUUUAUGUUUUCUUCUCUAUUAUUUUCUACACUUCGAUUGCCAGUAUAUUUCCGUCUUCCGCGCAAGUUUUUAGAGAUGAACGACCAUUACUGAUACAAUUAACGGGCCAGUUAUAUAUUUUUAGCUGCCAUGUCUUUUACAUUGUUAACAUUAUCACUGGGAUACUUAGAAGAAAGAAAGUGAGACGUUUUACGUUACAAAUAGAAACUUGCAUUCGAACUAUGAAUCAACUUAAUAUCCCGAUGAAUUUGUCUAAAUGUUUUUUGCAACAAUGUUAUCUAAUAUUAUUCUUGGUUUUCAUAAUUAUAAUUAUGAUAGUAUUUGAUUAUCAAUGGUUAAUAUUGGUCAGGACAAAAUACUGGAUAUUAGUUUUCUUUUACGUCGAACGUUAUCCCUAUAUCGCCUGGUUAUUAAUCGAUUUUACUUUUGUAUUCUGGAUCAGAUGUAUAAAGAUAAAAUUUAGUCAAUUGAAUGAAUUAUUGAGAAGUAUGCUUACGACUACUAUCGAUUCACCUCAACAUAAAAGAGUCCUUCGAAUGAGGAAGAAUGAUUCUCCGGAAAUACAUCUGGAAUUAAUUAAAUGUGCUAGGAAUACAAACGAUGCUUAUAACUUACAUAUUUUAAUGUCUAUCAUAACAAUUUGUUAUGUAUGUGCAACAACUGUAACGGAGGUAUAUUAUUUCAAUAUUCUAUGUGAAUUGUACGAACCAUCAACUAGCAAUGAAUAUCGUGCCGAGAUUCGUGACUUUACUCUACAGCUUAUUCAAAACCCAUUGUCAUUUACAUCAUACGGCUUCUUUGAUCUCGGCUAUUCAUUGAUACAUAGUGUCAUCGGUACUGUAACGACUUAUCUCGUUAUUCUCAUACAAAUUGGGAACACAACACCACAAAUUUUCUUUGAUAAUUCAACACUAACCACUAAUCAUUUUCUCAACUUUCCAUUCAAUUACAAAGAGCAACUACAGAAAAAUUUAUCUAAAUUGGAUGCAAGCGUCAUGAGACGUACAACAGAUGCAAUUAUUAUAUAUCAGGGAGUCGAUAGUUAUUCUUUCAUUUCGUUUUUGAAAAUUUCUGAAAAAAAUAAUAUAACGAUAUAUUACGACAUAGAAAGAGUUAUCGAUUUGAUUAGUUCAACAGUCCCACACUUGAGAGACUCAGAGGCAUUACCGUAA